AUGCGAGGGAAAAGGAUCGGGCCCGUCAGACGCGCUCUAUUUCAGAUUCGCGCCAGUUCGUCGCUGGCCGAGCGCCUGCAAGGGCUGACGACCAGGACGCUCCCUUUGACCUACGACUAUCUGCAUCCCCAGCCAUCGCAUCUGCUGAACCUAACACUAUUGGAUCUCCUGCGCCUACCCCCUUCGGACCACCAUACCACUCUUCCUUCGAUCAAAAACCCUCCUCGCUUGCCCCCCGGCCACCACUUGAUCUACUUCCCGCCGCAAGUCCCCUUGUCGCAACUCCUGCCGGAUGGCACGGAUACCCUCCACACCCCCGGCGAGCCUUUCGAUCGGCGACUUUGGGCAGGCGGCAGUGUCAAGUUUGCCGAUCCCGAGCUCCUGCUCAAUGGCGGCCGGGCUGUGUGUAUUGAAUCCAUACGUAAUGUGGCCGUGAAGGGGCGCGCAGGGGAUGAGAAGGUGAUUGUCACUAUCGAACGGCGCGUUGGCACCGUUCCCGAAGAGGAAGCGGCCGAGAAAACCUGGGGGCGGAUCUGGAAGAGGAACGCAGAUGACCCGGGGGAGUCGGCGGUUGUGGAGAACCGGGAUUUGAUCUUCAUGCGGCCCAAGAGCGAGGAGCAGCUCCAGCACGACCAGGAACAGUUUGGCGCGAGGAGUAGGAUCGUCAAACCCCCGUCAGACCCAGCAUUUCGGCAUGUCAUCAUGCCCACCCCGGCCCUGCUGUUCCGCUUCUCGGCGCUGACGUUCAAUGCGCACUCGAUCCAUCUCGACAAGAACUAUACCCGCCACCGUGAGGGAUACCGCAAUUUGCUGGUCCAUGGCCCACUGACUCUCACUCUGCUGCUCAGCGUACUGCAAAGACAUGUUGACCAUCCGAUCCGCAACAUCGAGUAUCGCAAUUGGGCGCCGGUCUAUGUGGAAGAAGAGAUGGCGAUCUGCGGCAAGCGCAAGAGUACCGGGGCAUGGGAUGUGUGGAUUGAGGGCCCAGACGGCGGACUAGCCGUUCGCGGCACGGUGACUAUAUAG